GCGCCCUCCCCGCCAGCACGGGGCGGCGCCCCCUCCCCUCGCGCCGCGGGCCUCCCCGCGACGUGCACGUCCCCGUCCCGCGCCUCCGCCCCCUCGCUCGCUCGUUCCUUCCCGCCCUCCCUGCCGCGCCGGCCGCGCCGGCUUCCCCUCGGUCUCUCAUGAAUAUUGAGCGGCCCCUGUUGUAUUUCCCGAGCUCCAUUGCGGAAGCCGAGGCUCGCCAUAUUGUGCGGCGGCGCCGGCAGCCGCGGCGGCUUGUACCUGAGUCUCGGUCUGGCCGCGGCCAGCGGAGUCCCGGGCUGGGGCAGGAGCCGGUCUCGUUUCCAGUUUGGGUUAACCAGUGAUAAUUUACCAGUGUAGCCUCCUGAAAUACUUUUUUUCUCAGAAGUCUCCAUAACUUUUGAACAGUGGCAACAGAUAUUUUGCAAAGCUGCCUACAAACAUUGGAAAAACUGCUAGGGGAAACUAUUCUUCACAGCUUUCAAGAGGAGUCAGCCUGGUUGGUGACAGUUGUAUUGCUUUUGCAAAGGAAAAGGAGGAGACGUGUGCCUGAUGCUUACUUUCAUAUUCCAUAACCUCAUUAAGGAAUUUCAAUGUCUCAGGCUGUGCAGGCAAACGGAACUCAACCAUUAAGCAAAACAUGGGAACUCAGUUUAUAUGAAUUACAACGAACACCUCAGGAGGCAAUAACGGAUGGCUUGGAAAUUGUGGUUUCACCUCGAAGUCUACACAGUGAAUUAAUGUGCCCAAUUUGUUUGGAUAUGUUGAAGAACACCAUGACUACAAAGGAGUGUUUACAUCGUUUUUGUGCAGACUGCAUUAUCACAGCCCUCAGAAGUGGCAAUAAAGAAUGUCCUACCUGUCGGAAAAAGCUAGUUUCUAAAAGAUCACUCAGGCCAGACCCAAACUUUGAUGCACUCAUCAGCAAAAUUUAUCCAAGUCGUGAUGAGUAUGAAGCUCAUCAAGAGAGAGUAUUAGCCAGGAUCAACAAGCACAAUAAUCAGCAAGCACUCAGUCACAGCAUUGAGGAAGGACUGAAGAUACAGGCCAUGAACAGAUUACAGCGAGGCAAGAAACAACAGAUUGAAAAUGGUAGUGGAGCAGAAGACAAUGGUGACAGUUCUCACUGUAGUAAUGCUUCCACACACAGUAAUCAGGAAGCAGGACCUAGUAACAAACGGACCAAAACAUCUGAUGAUUCCGGGCUUGAGCUUGAUAAUAACAAUGCAACAGUGGCAAUUGAUCCAGUAAUGGAUGGUGCUAGUGAAAUUGAAUUAGUAUUCAGGCCUCAUCCCACACUAAUGGAAAAAGAUGAUAGUGCACAGACAAGAUACAUAAAGACUUCAGGUAAUGCCACUGUUGAUCACUUAUCCAAGUAUCUGGCUGUGAGGUUAGCUUUGGAAGAACUUCGAAGCAAAGGAGAAUCAAAUCAGAUGAACCUUGAUACAGCCAGUGAGAAGCAGUAUACCAUUUACAUAGCAACAGCCAGUGGGCAGUUCACUGUAUUAAAUGGCUCUUUUUCUUUGGAAUUGGUCAGUGAGAAAUACUGGAAAGUGAACAAACCCAUGGAACUUUAUUAUGCACCCACAAAGGAGCACAAAUGAGCUUUUUACUAAAACCAAGUCUGAGAAUGAACUUUUUUUAUAGCCUAUUUCUUUAAUAUUAAAGAUGUAACGUCUUUACUUUUAUGGACAGAAUCUUGGAUAUGUUGUUCAGUUUUCUUUCUGAGCCAGACUCGUUUACACUGUUAGAAUCUUUUCCCCUUAAUUUAAGAUUUCCUUUUUGGAAGGGACUGCAGUUAUUCAGGACCUUUUCUUUCCUUUAAAAGUAUAUCUAAGUUGUAUGUUUCCAGGAAGUAUGGUUCCAGUUGGAGCACCCUUGUGACCCAGGAAUUUUUCAUAGUUCUGUGUUCUUAAGGUUCAGUUGGCUAUCCUUUUCCCUCCCUUCAAAAGUUUUUUAGGCCUACAGAAUGUUAAAUAAUAUGUAUUUUGACUUUUUUUCCUGGAGUCUUGUAUAUUUAUAGUUUUCUAUAUAAGCUGUAGUAUCUUCAUGAAGACCAAGGCUCAAAUUUACUGUGCUUAAAAAACAAUUCUCAUAGGAUUAUUAUUUUCAUGGUAUUUUCUUCCAUAAUACUCAUUUUUUUAAAAAAGGUUCUUUAUGAACUUAGUGUCCAUUGUCAUGCAAUGUUAUUUUUUUCCAUUUUUUCCCCUCUAAUUUUGGAAUUUCUGAUCCUGGGAAAGAGAAACAAAAUGUCAAGUUCUAUGAGAACUUGGUUCAUUUACAGAUUUCACUGAAGAAAGAAAAAUUGGUCUUACAUAGUCUUCAAGUGUAUAUUUAAAGAGGUCUUUUGUAUUAGCUUUACUGUCACUUCAGUUCCUUUAUUAUGUGUGUUUGAUGUUUUUUCCUAUUAAAAUACCAGAGAUAUGGAGAUAUUUUGCACUUUAGCCUUGAUGAAAAGUACAAGAUAUGUUCAAAGAUUCCCUGAUUCUUUUCUUAUUCGUAGCCACGUAAGUUUCAAGAAUAACAUGGCACAUAGAACUAACAACUGGAAAAAAAAGUUUGCUUCUGUUUGAAAAGUGUGUUCAGCAUUUUGGGUGGCCCUAUCAGUUUAUCAGUUUGGUGUUCUGCUAAUCACACUCUAGAGAAGCAAGUUAAUGGAGCUUGAGCCCUGCCCUAGUAAAAGAUUAUUCUGUAGAAGAAUGUCAGCAAGUAGGGUAAAGUCAUUUUAUUAUUCUUAAUUUAGUUUUAUAUUGAGGGACAGUGUUGGGCUUUGGGAGCCAGAAGGCCUUAUGAAGACAGAUCAGAAAUAAGAUUGACUUGUGUGUUUCUUUUCAUCACUGUCCUGAUUCCAGGUAUGUUUCCAAGUUUAUAAUUAUCACACUAUUUACAAAGACUCGAUUGCAUUGAGAAAUUAACCCCAAAGGGUUUUUGUUUUUUUUUCCAGGGGUGAGUAGUCCUCCAGUACCAUUGUAACUAAGUAACUGUCUAGUCAUUGUAAAUAUUUUCUGUCGUUUUUGACAGAUUGGGGCCAGCUUGAUGUUUUAAAUCUUCAGUCCAGUAUGAAAACUUAAAGGUUCAUUAAAUUUUUUAGCAUUUUAUUGAAAAUAUUUAAAAUCUGUUUUUACAGUUUUAUUGGUAAUCUGUGCCAUGAAAUUUGAAGACCACCAAAAAUCAAGGGAAAUUUUGUAUUCAGUUCCUUUUCUGGUGUAAUGUUAAGUUGUAUAGAUUAUUAAUGCAUGUCCACUGAAUAUAACCCUGGUUUUGUGAUACAACUGCUUAGAUUUUAUUGGUGAUAUUAGAUUAGUGGUUGCAUUAAAUAACUAAAUUCCCGUUGUGAUUAAUUGAAAUUUUGUCUUGAAGCAGAAAAUUAUUUGUGAAUAUAAGCUUUGUGCUUAGAGAAUGUGUUUCUGUCUGUCGGUAUGGGAGGAUGUAAACUCUUUGCAUCAUUAGUGAAUUCAUUAGAUGUGUAAUUCUUUGCAAAAUAUAAUAGGUAUUUGGUAGAGCAUUGAGUGGAGUGUGCGUGUGUGCGUGCGUGUGCACGUGUGCGUGCACGUGCGCGCACGUGUGUGUAUGUUUGGUGGGUGGGUACAGUUUACCAUCACUACCAACCAAGGUUUUGUAAAGUGUUCUCUAAGUAACUUCUGUACCCACCCUUUCAGUUGAAGAACAAAAGGCUCACCAAAUGCGGUAGGGCCUUUGGAUACAUUAUCAUUUUAAAAUUUAUUAUAGUAAAAUACACAUAACCAAAUUUACCAUUUGAACUAUUUUUAUGUGUACAAAUCAGUGGCAUUAAGUACAUUCACAGUGUUCUGUACAUCACUACUAUCUAGUUCACAACUUUAAAUUCAUCAUCCCAGACAGAAACUCUGGAUUCAUUAAACAGUAACUCCCCGCCCUCAUCCCCCAAGCCCUUGGUAACCUUUAUUCUUUCUCUCUUUGAAGUUGACUAUCUUAGGCACCUUUUAUAAGUGGAAUCAUAUAAUAUUUGUCCUUUGUGUCUGUCUGAUUUCAUUUAGCAUAAUGUUUUUAAGGUUCAUCCAUGCUGUAGGUUUAUGUCACAUUUUGUUUAACCAUUUAUCUUUGGGUGGACACAGAUUGAUGGACACUUUUUGCUGUUUGAAUAAUGCUACUAUGAACAUUUUUGUACAAGUAUCUGUUUGAGUCCCUGUUUUAAAUUCUUUUGAGUAUAUACCUAGAAGCAAGGUUGCUGGAAUAUACAGUAAUUCUAUGUUUAAUUUUUUGAGGAACCCCAAACCUUUUUCCCCAGGGGCUGCACCAUUUUAUAUUCCCACCAGCAAUGUACUAGGAUUCCAAUUUCUCCACAUUCUCACCAACACUUGUUAUUUUUGUUCUGUUUUGUUUUGUUGUUUUUAAUAGUUACCCUAAUGAGUGUAAAGUGUUAUUUCAUUGUGGUUUUGAAUUACAUUUCCCUAAUGGCUUGUGAUACUAACUAAACAUCUUUUAAUGUGUUUACUGGCUAUAUGUAUAUCUUCUGUGGAAAAAUGUCUAUUUAAGUCUUGCUCAUUUUUAAUUGGGUGGUGGUUUGUUGAGUUGUAGGAGUUUUCUAAUCUAUUAUCAGAUAUACGAUGUACAAAUACUUUGUUCCAUUUUGUGGGUUGCCUAUUUACUCUUGAUAGCUCCUUUGGUGCACAAAAUUUUAAUUUUGAUGAAGUCUAGUAUGGCUAUUUGUGUUGUCGUUGUUGCCUGUGCUUUUUGUGUCCUAUCCAAGAAAGCAUUACCAAAUCCAGUGUUAGGAAGAUCUUCCUAUAUGUUUCCUUCUAAGAGUUUUAGUUAUAGUUUUAGUUCUUACAUUUAGGUAUUUGAUCCAUUUUGAGUUUUGUGCAUGGUAAAAGGAAAGGAUUCAGCUUUGUUUGCUUUUGGAUAUCCAGUUUUCCCAGCACCAUUUGUUUGAAAAGACAUGCUCUUUCUCCAUUGCAUUGUCUUGGCAGUCUUAUGUGAACUUAAUUGACCAUGUAUGUGAGGGUUUAUUUCUGGGCUCUGUAUUCCAUUGAUCUAUAUAUAUAUGACUGUCCCUUUGCCAGUACCACAGUUUCGAUUACUGUAGCUUUGUUAUAAGUUUUACAUUAUAAUUUUAAAUUCUUUGAACCUUUGAAGAAGACCAUGUUUCCCUUGUACAUUUUAGGAAAUUGAGGUUCAGGAUUCUGAUUCGGAUAACUAAACAUGAAAUAAUUGAAAUGCUAGAUGAGAAAAGGUGUCUUUUUAAAAUCCCCUCACAUUUCUAUUUAGAAACACUUUUCUAAAAAUAGAAGCAUAUUUCUAAGAAAGGAAUAUUUGUGUGCAGUUGUUGUCACUAUAAAAAUUACUUCCUUGAGAAUGCUUCUGAAAGAGUAAGGACCGCUGAAAAUCUGUUCUUCCAUAAAAGUGAUGAGAACACUGUAAAAGUCAAAAUCAAGUUUUUCAAAACUCUAAAACUGAACUAAAGGCUUUCAAUAAUCUAAAUAUUUAUCAGUAAUAAAAACUAUAAUACAAGUUCCAUAGCAUUAUAGAUUGCCCUACCCCCUUCCCCCUAGUUCCUGGGUAGCCUUGAAAAGGAAUAGCCUUGAAAUUAUGGCAGCAGUGAAAAUCAGCAGCCUUGUAACCACUGGAAGGGGCUUAAAGCUCCCUAAAAAGCCCAUCCCAGAGAAUCAUCAUCACCAUUUGACUUGUCUGGUCCUUCACUGAAUAGCUCUAUUCCCAGAACUUGUCUUUACUUGAUCUGACUCUGCCCAUGUGUAUAGAGCCCUAUCUACAGCCUUUUUGUUAAAAACAGCUUCAGUUUUUAACGUAGCAGGGUUUUUUUGAGGCAAUGAUACCAAUUGGGACUAAAAAGAAGGUGGCCAAAAAAUAAAAGGAAAAGCUGAGGAAUGACAUGUCCGUGUAGGAUUUGAAAAGCGUCAGCAUAUUCCUGUGAAUAUCGAAGGCUACAUGCAUGUGCAAGGCUAUAUGUGUUCCCAAGGGGAAAAAAACAGGAAGUCACUAAUCGCACCUGUGGCACAAUGUGAGCCUCUGCAAGCAGGAAGUGAAGGCUAAGGUAGAGUUGAAAACAAAACAAAACAAAAAACUACAUGUUGUGGUGUUGAAGGCCUAUCCCAGCACAUUUACAGAGUACUUCAACAAGGCCGAGGGAAUUAUGUCAUUGUUUCAAGGCAUUUAAGCAUUAGCAUUAGCUGACCUCUAAGUUAAUGAAGUAGAAUAUAGUGGUCACACAUGGCAAAGAAUGCAGUGUCUUACUAGAAUUAGUCCAGGAAGGUCACUCAACAAACCACAAACACAGUAGACCUUUAGGACGUGAAAGGAUUCUGUUGUCCAGAGUUGCCUGUAUUGUUUUAAAUGUCUAGUUUCUUUUUUUUUUUUUUUUUUUAAAGAUUUUAUUUAUUUAUUUGACAGAGACACAGCGUGAGAGGGAACACAAGCAGGGGGAGUGGGAGAGGGAGAAGCAGGCUCCCCACAGAGCAGGGAGCCCGAUGCGGGACUCGAUCCCAGGACCCUGGGAUCAUGACCUGAGCCGAAGGCAGUCGCUUAACCAACUGAGCCACCCAGGCGCCCUAAAUGUCUAGUUUCAACAAAAAUUUACAAUACAUGUGAAGAAGCAGGGAAGUGUGAAGAUACCCACAUGUUGGACUUAACUAAACAAAGACUUUGUUAUCUUCUAAAAUUGUGUCCAAAGAACUAAAAGAAACCAUAUCUUAAAAACUAAAUAUGAGAACAAUUUUUCACCAAAUAGAGAAUAACAUUAAAGAGGUAGAAAUUAUGGUAAAAGAACCAUGUAGAACUGGAUUGAAACAGUACAGGGAAAUAAAUUCAUAAAAGAAAUCUUGGGAUGCCUGGCUGGCUUAACCAGUAAAGCAUGUGAUCUUGAUACCGGGUUUGUGAGUUUAAGCCCCACAUUGUGCAUAGAGCUUACUUAAAAAAAUUAAAAAUAGAGGGGCUAACAGAUUUGAACUGGUAGAAAUAUUCAACAAAUGUGAACACAGUUCAAUUGAGAGUAUCCUGUCAGAAAAAGAAAUGAAGGAAAAAGUGCUACAGAGACCUGUGGGACACCAUCAAGUGUAUUAACUUGCAUAAUGGGAGUCCCAGAGGAGAGGAAGAAAAGGGGCUCAAAGAGUAUUUUAAGAAGUAAUUGCUAAAAAAUUUCAAAAUUUGAUGAAAAACAUGAACCUGCACAUCCAAGAAGCUCAACAAAUGCUAAAUAAAUAAGACUCUUGGAAGCAGCAAGAGGAAAGUAAUUCAUCACAUACAAGGGAUUUUUAAUACGAUUAAUAGCUUCCUUAUGUGAAGUCACAGAGGCUAGAAGGUAGUGAAUGACAGACAUUUAGAGUCAUGAAAGACAAAGUCAACUAAGGGGGUGCCUGGGUGGCUCAGUCGGUUAAGCAUCUGCCUUCGCUCCGUUCAUGAUCCCAGAGUUCUGGGAUCGAGCCCGAGGUCAGGCUCCCCACUCAGCAGGGAGUCUGCUUCUCUCUCUCCCUCUGCCCCUUCCUCUGCUCCUUCUCUCUCUCAAAUAAUAAUAAAAAAUCAAGAAUAUCUAUAUGCAGCACAAUUAUCCUUUGGAAAUGAAAGAAAUUGAGAUAUUCCCACAUGAAAACAACAAAUUUGUCUUAAGCAUACCUGCUCUUUAAGAAGUACUAAAGGGAGUCACUUAGACAAAAGUGAAAGGACAUUAGAUAGUAACAUGAAUCCACACAAGUAAGUAGAACUGGUAAAGUUAACUACGUAAUUAAAUAAAAAGGAAGGUAUAAAUGUAUUAGCUUGGGUUGCUAUAACAAAAUACCAUGGUUUGGAUGGCUUAAACAUCAGACUUUGUCAUAGUUCUGAAGGCUAGGAAGUCCAAGAACAAGGUGUGGAUAGGUUAGGUUGGUUCCAGGAGGUGAGGGCCCUCUACCUGGCUUGCAGACAGAUGCCUUCUCACUGUUUCCUCACAUGGUAGAGGGAGGAAGAGAGAUCUGGUUUCUUCCUGUUCUUACAAGGACACUAAUUCCAUCAUGGAGGCCCACCUUUAUGAUUCCAUCUAAAACAAAUUACCUUCCGUAGGCCCAACUUCCAAAUACUACCACAUUAGGGUUGGGGCUCACAGGGAUUCAGACGUUCAAUUGUAACUGCUUGUUUACAUCUCUGAUUUAGAAAGAAAACUGUAUAAAGUAAUAAAUGUAGAACUGUUGAAUGCCUUAUGUAUAAAGCUGUAAUUUGUAUGGCAUAAAACAUCAAGGAGGGAAUGGGGCAAUAUCGGAGCAAAGGUUUUCUAGACUAUUGAAAUUAAGCUGGUAUUAAUCUGAACUAGAAUAUUUCAAAUUAAGAUGUCAUCCCUGACACAACCACUAAGAAAAUAAAUCCCCCCAAAAUAAUAGUAAAAGAAACAAAAUGGCAUAAAAGAAAGUAACAUUUAACACAAAAGAAGGCUGUAGUGGAAGAAUAGAGAAAUAAGACAACAACAAACUCUCAGAUUGUAGGUCUUGUUACCCUUAACUAUGUUAGAUGUGAAUAGACUGCCAUUAAAAGGCAGAUAUGGCAGAUUAAAAACACGCAUACUUUAGUUUCAGAGAACCAAAUUGGUUGAAAGUAAAAGGAUAGAACAUAAAACAGUAACCAAAAGAACCAGAGUAGCUAUACUAAUAUCAGACAAAAUACACUUUCAGACAAAAAUUGUUGGAGACAGAUUAUGUUUUAUAAUGAUCAAAGAGUUCAGGAAAAUGUAAUAAUUAUAAACAUGUAUUCAAACAAUAGGACCUUAAGAUACAUUGAUGAGGCAAAACCUGGCAUAAUUGAAGGGAGAAAUCAACAAUGAUAGUUGAAGAUGUUAAUACCUCUUGUCAUAAGGGACAGUUCAACUGGGCAGAAUAUCAGCAAGGAAAUAGAAGACUUUUGAACAACACACAGUAAAACCAAGUAGACCUAACAUACCUGUAGCAAACUUUACACAACAGUAGCAGAACACAUGGAAUGAUCUCCAGGGUGGGCAGGUUUACAUCAAACAAGCCUUGGUAAACUUCAAAAAAUACACAUGCAGACAUACACAAACAGCAGCAUACAGACUCUGGGUAUAAUGGAGUGAAUUUAGAAAUCAAUAGAAGGAAAUUUGGUUAACUCACAAAUGAAAUUAAACAAUAAACCUAGAAAAAUAAUGUCAGAAAAAGUAAACUAGAAAAUACUUCAAAGUGAAUGAAAAUGACGCGACAUUCUGGAAUUUACAGAAUGAAGCUAAAGCAGUGCUUAGAUGGAAAUUUAUAGCUGUGGAUAUGUAUAUGAACAGAAGAUCUCAACAUAACCUUCUACCUUAAGACACCAUGAAGAGCAAACCACAAAGCAAACAAGGACUUAAAAAAAAAAAAAAAAGGUGAAAUGGGUAAUAGGAAAGCAAUAGAGAAAAUAAAACUAAAAGCUGGUUCUUUGAAAACAAUAAAAUUGACAAACUUUUAGACUGAUCAAAAAACCAAAUACUAAAAUCAUGAAUGAGGAGUAAUUACUAUCAACAUUAUAGGAAACAUGAUUAUAAGGGAAUAAUAUGAACAUCUAUAUGCCAACAAAUUAGAUAAUCUUGAUCAAAUGGACAAAAUCCUAGAAAGACACAAACUCUGAAACUGGCUCAAGAACAAGUUGAAAAUCUGAAUAGACCUAAAAUAAGAGAUUGAAUUAGUAAUAAGACUUGCCACAAAGAAAAAUGCUCAAGCCCAAAUAUUAUACUGGUGAAUUCUACCAAAUGUUUACAGAAAAAUUAAAAACCUUCCCUUCAUAAGUUCUUCCAAGAAAUAAUUGAGGCUUAUUUUAUGAGGCUAGUAUUACUCUGGUACCAAAACCAGACAAAAGCAUCACAAGAAAACUACAGAUCAUUAUCUCUUGUGAAUACAGAGAUUCUGUAUUCUGUAUUUUUACAUCUGAAAACAGAAACCCCACUAACAUGCCAAAUCCAAUAACAUAAAAGUUAAUGUAGGACUUCUUCCAGGAAUAUGGAGUAGUGUUCUCCCCGAAUAGGCUACAGAAAGUAGUCACUGCCAGGGGUUAGGGAAGGAGUGAAUGGGGAGUGACUGGUUGCUAAUGGGUAUGGGGUUUCUUUUUGGGGUAAUGAAAAUUAGUAAUUCUAAAAUGAGUGGUGGUACUUCCACAACUCUAUAUAUUCUAAAAUCUCAGAAACCAUUCCUUAAUUCUUUAAAAGGGUGCAUUUUAUGGUAGGUGCCCUCUCCCUCAAUGAGGUUAUUUUUUAAAAUGUAGAAGACAAAUGGGUGUUCUGUUAAACUUUGUCAUUUAGCAUACUCUGGUCUAACCAUCCUAGACUUUUGGGCCCAAUAAGUAUUAGUGUCUAAAGUUGCUUCCAGCUUAAACAUUUAAUGAUGCAUUCUAAUGCUUAUAAAUAGAUGUCUUUUUAUCACAGAUGAUUUAUUUGGUGUAAAACUAUGACCUUUUUGAAUAUGGCUAUACAUUUCCUUCCUAUUAAAUUCUCCCCAAGUUGCUGUACUUUUGGAAAUUUAAAGCUAGAAAUCACAAAUUUCCUUUUCUAAUUAUAAUUAGGAGUUGACUUCAGAAGUAAAUUAGUUGUAUAGCUAAACUAUGGUUAUUUUAGCAGAUUGUAAUUGGAGAGUUCUUUUCAGUGUUAAGUUACACUAAAUUUUGAACCCCUCAAAAUCUUAAGUGAUUUUUUUUUUCAUUAUAUAUAUAACAUUCACUACCUAUUUCCACUUUAGAUGACUGUAUUAGUUUGCUAGAGCUGCCGUAACAAGUACCACAUAACAACAGAAAUUUAUUUUCUUACAGUUCUGGAGGCUGGAAAUCCAAGAUCAAAGGUGGUGGUGUUUCUUUAGAAGCCUCUGUCCUUGGCUUGUAGAUGGCAUUUUCUCCCUUUGUGUUCACAUGUUGUUCCCCUGAGCAUGUGUGUGUCUGAGAACACCAGUCCUAUCAGAUCAGGGCCCAACCUCAGUGACCUCAUUUAAUUACCUCUUUAAAUACCCUACUUCCAAAUACAGCCACAUUCUGAGGUACUCAGGGUAGGACUCAAACAUGAGUUUUGGGGGAACAAAAAUACCUAUUACGGGCCUAGACACAAUUUAGGCAAUUCCCAAGGUAAAGAUGAAAGUAUACUACUCUGUUACACUAAAUUAAUCUCUUAGCAAAAAAUAAGAUGGCUAAAUUUUCUUUGGUGACCAGUAAUAAAAAUACACUGAAGGAGGUACUGUUCAGUUGGCAAAAGAUAUUUGCUAAAAAUGUAUUCUUUCUCUUUAGACUGUGGAUUAAAAUGUAAACUGCCCAGUUUAAACCAAACCCCAUUAAGAUGAUGCCAAAGGAAUAAUUUUGUUUUUUUAAUGAAUAAAUUUGACAGGUCAAAGGCAAGGAUUGUUGAGAUAGAUAAUAGAUGUUAGUUGUCAACACCUUGGGAAGUUAGGUGUUUUCACACAGAUGAUGAACAGUCGAUGGUAACUGAUUUAAGCUGGAUGAAACAAGAUCAAAAACAAACAUCACAAAAGGCUUAACAACUGGAGACUUUGACUUACUGGAAAGACAAGUGUGUAAAAUGGCUGUGAAAAUGAGAUAGGUUAAUGGUGUGUCUGAGGAGUAUUUGGACCCACAGAAACAUUCCCUUACCACCAGAUCACUAUCCACUGAUCCAGCAGGAGAGGGGCAAUAAGUUUUCUACAGAAAAUGAACCAGAGCUGUGUGAGACUUGGGAUACCAGGCAUAGUAGAGGGGGCCCCAUAAUUAUGGUGAGAUGACUGGUCCCUUUCAACAUAAAGUCCCCAGAAUGCUGGUGGUGUAGUUUGCGAUGAUUUUGCUAUCAAAAACUAUGUUCUGGGAAAUUCUUGGUGGUAGAAAAUGGAAAUGAAGCUGGAAGUGCUUUCUGCAUCUGCACAGAUAAUUAUCGAGUAUAAAGUAUACUGGUUUAAAGGGUUUCAGAUAGAAAAUGUACAGUAGACCAGUGGUUAACCAUAAUUUUGUAAUCUGUACCAGAAUUUCCUAUGGGACUGCCUUUGGUCAAAUUUACAAUUAAACUUCUUUUUAAAAGAUUUUACUUAUUUAUUAGAGCAGGGGCAGAGGGAGAAGGAGAAGCAGACUCCCUGCUGAGCAGAGAGCCUGAUGUGGGGCUCGAUCCCAGGACACUGGGAUCAUGACCUGAGCUGAAGGCAGCCGCUUAACCGACUGAGCCACCCAGGCGCCCUAAACUUUUAUGUACGUAUUUCCUUUACUAAAGACAGAUCACCAAGUGGCUAAAAGCAAGGGCACUGAGGUGAGCCUGAUAUUGGAUCCUGGCUCUUUCACUUGCCAGUUUUAGAAUGGCAUUGGAUAAAUUGAUCUUGCUUAGCCUUGCUAUAAAUUAUAGGAUAUAAUCUAUGUGAAAACAACACUGUGUCGUUCUAAGUUUCAUACAAAUAAUAAGUUAUUGCAAUUAAUAUGCCACUACCUAGGAAGUGUUAUAACUUGGCAAAUUUUAUUCUCUGGCCUACAUGAUCUAAAAUUCUCAUCCCAUUUCAAUCGCAUAAAGUAGGUUGAAGAGGUUUGCAGUUUGGGGAUUUCAAAUAUACGUUUACUCGCAUUUUAAAGUUAACGGUUUUGUCUCUUCAGAGCUGGUAAAGGAUCUUUGGGCUAGAAGAGGGGUUCUUUUCUGGGUGGGGGAAAGGGUGGCAGCAAAGAAAGGGCUCAUAUGGCUGUGGAUGACAAGGCCUUAUAGAUAAAUGUAUAAAUGUAGACACUUUUUUUUUUUUUAAAGAUGUUCAGCCUUUGUAACCUCUUGUGGGCUUUGUGAAUUCCCUAAUGAGGGAAAGUCAGUCUGUGUGGAGACUAAAAUUGUGAGGUGUUCACUUUUCAACCUCCCCUGUAGCUUUAAGGCUGAGAUACUGGAAACAGUUUGCUCUUGUGAAUUGGCUGAAUUUGCUAUGUUGCUGUGUCUUUCAAGCAAGAGUAGAGAUGCUGGUCAGGAAACAGGAGCAUUCUUUCUUUUCUUUUUUAAGAUUUUAUUUGAGAGAGAGCGAGCACAAGCAGGGUGAACAGCAGAGGGAGAGGGAGAAGCAGGGAACCCAAUGUGGGGCUCCAUCUCAGGACCCCGGGAUCAUGACCUGAGCCGAAGGCAGACGCUUAACUGGCUGAGCCACCCAGGUGCCCCAAACAGGAGUACUUUGAAAAUUGGAAUAAGAAUUUUGGAAAGGUUUAGAUGAAUGACUGUCCUAAAUCUUAAACUCCACUGAGCCUCACUUAAAAUGGAAGAAAGCCCUUGGAUGUCUGCUGCUUUGGCAGAUGACCUCUAACUUCACUAAUUUAUGGAGUUCCCUUGGAAAAAGCACCCAUCUGCUGUAUCCUUACAGUCCUUUACUGCCUGCAGGAUAUAAUUAGAGUCAGAUCCCAGCAUGUCCUUGGGAACAAGUACAGAGUGUGACCUGAAAAAAAUGCUGUUUUGUUCAAAUAUAUUAAUGAUAUUUGGAGUAUACCUGUGUAAAUAGGUUAUGUUGGAUCUUGUAGGAACGUAAUUUUAAAUUGGGUUAAAUUAUUGAUAUGAAUACACUUGUACCAGAAAUUUUGGCUGAAUUUGUCAGCUUGAACAGCAGGAUGUCACUCUGUUUACUUGGUUGAAAGAAAAACUCAGCACUGGCUCAUCUAAAUUGAAGGUAAGAUGCUAGAAAUUCUUUGAUACAAUGUAGAGAAAGGAAAUCAAAGACUUAGAGGAAUGUUGGAGAGGAUGUAUUAUUAGGUGAUCUGCUCACCCACAGUCUCACUAUAGAUCUUAUGAGAGCCUGGUCAACUGUUUACAUAGGCAUUGGGAAAUACGGUGGUGAGCAGAGCAUCCUUGAAAAGCUUUAUAGGAUGUCGAUUGGCCAGGGAUGCUGUGGAAGAUGCUUCUGUUGCAAUGGCUCUCCUUAUUCAGUGGGCAUUGCCCAGGCAGCACUGUGUCAGAAACCUAGUUCCCUUAGCUGCUAGACCAGAAAGGUGGACAUAAUUUUAGUUACUGUAAUAGGCAGUAAGACUGACAGGAUGAUCAGUAUAGUCCGACAGGGAGUUUUUUGGCCUUGGCUAAUUGAUUAUGUGAAUCAAAGGGCCAGUGAUCCUAUUUGAUUUAUAUAACUGAAAACUACAGGUCUAACCUGAGCCACUAUGUUUUUAAAUUAUUUUAAAAAAAUAUUUAAAUUCAAUUAAAAUAUAAUGUAUUACUAGUUUCAGAGGUAGAGGUCAGUGAUUCAUCAGUCUUUUGUAAUACCCAGUGGUGAUUACAUCACGUGCCCUCCUUAAUGUCAUCACCCAGUUACCCCAUCCCCCCCACCUCCCCCUCCAGCAACCCUCAGUUUGUUUCCUAUGAUUAAGAGUCUCUUAAGGUUUAUCUCCCUGAUUUUGUCUUGUUUUAUUUUUUCCUCUUUCCCUAUGAUGCUGUUUUGUUUAAGUUUCACAUGAGAUCAUAUGAUCAUUGUCUUUCUCUGAUUGACUUAUUUUGCUUAGCAUAAUACCCUCUACUUCCAUCCAUGUCAUUGCAAAUGGCAAGAUUCAUUUUUUUUGAUGGCUGAGUAGUAGUCCAUUGUGUGUGUGUGUGUAUACACUUCCAUUGUGUGUGUGUAUAUAUACACAUACACACACAUCCCACAUCUUUUUUUUUUUUUUUUUUAAGAUUUGUCAGAGAGUGGGAGAGAGAGCAAGCACAAGCAGGGGGAGCGGCAGGCAGAGGGAGAAGCAGGCUCCCCGUGUAGCAAGGAGCCUGAUGCUGGACUUAAUCACAGGAUGCUGGGAUCAUGACCUGAGCCGAAGCCAGACGCUUAACUGACUGAGCCACCCAGGCGUCCCCAUACCACAUCAUCUUUAUCCAUUUAUCUGUCGAUGGACAUCUGGAGCCAUUAUAUUAGUCAUGAUCCCUUAGCAAUUCCCAGGCCUGAUUUAAUUCAUAUUCCCAGAGCACUUUGGUAAAGGACCCUGCCAUAACAUCACAAAGAUGUAAUAUGUAUCUUCCUCUUAGCCUUCUCCAAAGUAACUUGUGGCCAUUUACCAGAACAAUAAUGCACUGAGGAAAGAGAUUCCUAGGCCUUUGGGAUUACUAAACUGGUCUCCACUUCUGCUUUCUGGAAACCAGAACAUCAUCAUACAUUUAUUCAGAGUGGAGUCUGACUGAACUCAAGUGAUAAAUGGAGUUUUAAUGCAAUUCCACCACAUUGGCUCCCAAACCCAUUUCUUCUUUCCUUCUCCUACUAUAUCCCAAGUGUAUGGUUAGAGUAGUAAUGUAAGCAACUAGCAACACACUGGUUUCCUGAUGGUAGAGUAAAAACUGGUUUCUUGUGUUAAUCAAAUUUUAAUGGAGGGAUACAUUCAUGUUACUUUACAAUGCAGUCAACAUUUGUGUGUCCCAAACUAAUACAGUUGUUAUGGAAAGGAACAAGGUGCUAAUGUGGCAUUAUUUGGAAUUCUAAAAUUAUUUCCUCUGUAGGUUGAUACGUUACCUCAACAGAGUUCUUAACUACUUCCCACCAUACCUUCUUUGGAAAAUUUGCCUGUGUAUGUGAAAUUAAUACAUGUAUUUUAAAUAACAGUAAUUAAUACAUUUUGAUAUCAAAUUAGGCUCCUGGCACAAAACCCAACUUUAUCACUGAUCAAAAUGUUAUGCUGAUAAGCAUUUAGCAAACUUUGAGACUGAUAUUCAAUUUAACAAUAUGUAUUAAAUCAGAUGGUCCAUGUGGUUUGAAUUCUGGAUUUAUAGUAAUUUUUAACUAUAUAAACCAAAGUAACUAGUAACUUUUCUUUUUGUGCUCAUUUGUGAGUAAUAAUUUGAAUUGGCAGGAAUUAGUUUUUUUAUGGUCAUUCUAGAAACUAACUUGCGCUUCACCUAUUCCUUUAAUAAAACAUGAUUCUGUUAAUGGGAGAAAAGAAGAAAUAUCCUGCUAGAACUAUGCUGUAAUAACAGUUUUUUUUUUAAUUUCUGCUAAUAUACUAUGUUAACCUCUCUCCCUGGAUUUUUUUUUAAGAUUUUAUUUAUUUAUUUGAGAGAGAAUGAGAGAGAGCACAUGAGAGGGGGGAGGGUCAGUGGGAGAAGCAGACUACCUGCCGAGCAGGGAGCCCGAGGCGGGACUCGAGCCAGGGACUCCAGGAUCAUGACCUGAGCUGAAGGCAGUCGCCCAACCAACUGAGCCACCCAGGCGCCCCACUCCCUGGAUUUUUGUGUAUGUCAUGGGUGUGUUUUUGUUUUUAAGAUUUUAUUUAUCUGAAAGAGUGAGCAAGCAUGAGCAGGACAGCAGGCAGAGGGAGAGGGAGAAGCAGGUUCCCAGCUGAGCAGGGAGCCUGAUGUGGGGCUCGGCCCCAGGACCCUGGGAUCACGACCUGAGCCAAAGGCAGAUGCUUAACCGACUGAGCCAUCCAGGCGUCCUUGCUUUUUUUCUUAUAUAGUUUAUUAAGACCUUUCAGUUCUAACUCCCUCUUCCAUCCCCCCAGCCAAUAAUACUUGUAAAAAGUUACUUCCUCUAAGAAAUACUUAAGGGUAAAUAGGGAUUAAGUCCUUGAGAAAAAUCUAAACUCUAUACCAAGUCCUUUUAUCCAAACUCUUACAUUCAAAUGAAGCAAGAACAAUAUUUAUUAAAUGGAGUUUCUACUAAUUUUCAUAGUCAUGUUAGCCUGGGCUACUUAUACAAAAAAAAAAAUGAGCACAUACACACACCGAAAACAAAACAAAUCUAUCCCUCCCCACCCCCACCCCCAAAAA